GUAUUCUCGUGCGGCCAAAAGCCCACCCAUGAGCCCACUAAUGCAUCGCUCAAAGCAUGACACGGUUAAACACUCGAUCAAUCCUUUGUGAGUUUGGAAUCGCGACGAUGGAGGAGACGAUGAUGUACGAGAACGUGUGGGUGGACGAGGACGUGUUUGUGAACGGUCGCUGCAAUCCCAGGCUGUCAGCGUCCGACUCAUUUUCUUUUAAUGUGCCCUAUCCAGAAAAGAUCGACAGGGAUGCUUGGAAUACACAGCUGGUACCGGAAUUUGCUAAUCUUGGCUUUGUAUGCCCAUGGUGGAAUGAGCAUGAAAUGGGAUGUACAAUCAAUCCAGCAAUAGACAUUCCGCGCAUGGAUGUCGCUAUGAGGGCUGAGGAAUCUCUUGAAGGUUUCACAACGGGUUUCUCGGCAAAGACGGCAUUGAAAAUACUGUCGGGCGAUUAUCGGUUAGUCUUUAGAGACUUUGAUGACAAGAUUAGUGAGAAUUCAGUGUGUGAUCGCUUGAACCAGUUUGUUGACAAAUAUGAAGAAUUUAUGCAGGUGGUUGGUCAGCAGUUCCCCUGUGAAAUUAAACAUAAUGAACAUUGUAUUGCUAUCGUGGCAAAUGCACAAAUAUGUAGUAUUAUGGCGGAUCUCGUGUGGGAAGUAGUUAUUUCCGAUAAUUAUGAUGUUCAACAAAAGCUCGAAAGUAUGUUGGGGUUUUAUGAGGAGAUUUCCUGAUUUGAACAUAAUCCAUACACUGAUUCAGGGCCUGGACAUGAUGAUAUGAUGGAACCAAGCAAAUCACUGAUUGAUCAAAUAGGCGAACUACAAAUAUGAUAAACUCCUCUUUUAUUAUCCAUGUUCAGUGUACAUUUCAAUUUGAGAUUUUUACUACUUUCUAUGUGACGAUUUAACUUUGCGUAUUCAUUAAUUAUGCAACUCUGUUCUAGCCUUCUGGAUUGAAAACAUUCAGGCCAGUUUCUCCCGAUGGUGCAGUGAACUACAUCUGGAAAAAGGUUUACCAAAAGCUGCCAAUGAUUAAGGAAGCAAUCCUUCGUGAAAGGAGAAAACCUACUGGUGUUUCAGUUCCACGCCGUUGUCAUUGAACAUGACUUAUACGCCAUUAAUAAUUCAUUACUGUGUAUCUUGUGUUGCAAUAGUUUUGGUCUUUUUUGCGAAAAUGGUAUCUGAUUACAUGGUAAUUCACAUUAGUCAUUCUGCCUUGUAAACUACUUUCUCUCUCUGAUGCUGCCUUCCUUUUUGGUCA